AUGAUCCGAAGAGCUGAAGGGCUGCGCACCCCACGCAAGUCGAUGGCGGGCGGGGGAUCGGAGGCGCGGGUUCCCUUGACGGCAGAGCAAAAGAAGGAGGUUGACGAAGCCUUUGGCUUGUUCGACUACGCCAAAACCGGCGUCUUGGGCUUGCACGAGGUCAAGGUACUCAUUCGGUCGCUCGGGUUUCCUGUCCGUCGUGCCGAGGUGCCUCUCAUCGUGCACCGCGCUAACCCCGACUCGGAUGGGGAGGUCGAUCUGCCGACUUUUCGACUUAUCAUGGAGACGAGGUAUGCAAAGCUGGACCCCGAGGAAGAAAUCAAGAAGGCCUUUCGGCUUUUCGACAUCGAGGGUACCGGGAAGAUUACCGUCCAGAACCUCCGACGCGUGUCGAAGGAGCUCGGAGAUAACCUCGGGGAACGCGAGCUACAGGCGAUGAUUGACGAGUUCGACAAGAAUCUAGACGGGAGCGUCUCCCUUGAUGAAUUCGUGUACAUCAUGAACGAACAGAGGAAAAUCGAGAGCUGA